AUGGUGGCCACAAAGAAGAUGAAAAAGUCACUGGAGUCGAUCAACUCCAGGCCCCAGCUUGUUAUGAAAAGUGGAAAGUAUGUGCUGGGGUACAAGCAGACUCUGAAAAUGAUCAGACAUGGCAAAGUGGAACUGGUCAUCCUCGUGAACAACUGCCCAGCCUUGAGGACAUCUGAAAUAGAAUACUACGCCAUGUGGGCCAAAACUGGUGUCCAUCACUACAGUGGCAAUAAUAUUGAAUUCGGCAAAGCAUGUGGGAAAUACUACAGAGUACGCACACUGACUAUCAUUGAUCCAGGUGAUUCUGAUAUCAUUAGAAGCAUGCCAGAACAGACUGGUGAAAAGUAA